AUGGCCUACUCUCCACCCCCGUCCCCCGGGACCGGGCCCGCAUACGGCAGUCUACUUUCACGAGGUCGUUCCACCAGUCCCUCCGGCGCAGCAGGUCCUAUUUCAAAACGUGAUAAACGACGCUCCGCUCUGCAGGAACGUCUUCAUGAUUUGACUGCUACUUUCAGCCAGAACCGCGACGGCCAAUUUCGGCAGCAGUUGCACUCACUGCAAUGCGAUAUGACUCUUAUUAACAAUGCCUCCCCUUACGACGACAGCCCACUUCCUGACUCCUCCGAGGACGUUGCGCGGCUUAUCGAGGAGACUGUUGGUGGUGGCAAAUUUGCCAAAGAGAUGGCGAGCUUGUCCGGAACUUGGUAUGCCAAAUUCGUGCAGGAGGUGAACAAUAUCAAGGAAACGCGCGAUUCGGAGGUCGCUCAGAUUGUGGGCCGACACGAGAACAACCUUGAGCGACACCGUCGCGAAUACGAAUUCCGAGCCCAUUUUGCCAAGGAGGAAUUCAAUCAAUUGUCAGGAACAUUGCGCGAGCGUCUUAUGCAAAGCAUCUCCAGCAAACGCGCCCGUCUGAUGCGCGAAAAAGAACAACUCGAUAUUGCAGACACCAAUGCGCUCCUCCUCCACCCCAACCAGUUCAGCAUUACCAACCCCGCGAGCCCUGGCGGUAUCCACAGCAACCGUAAGACCCGACACACUCGGCACCGUGUGGAUAUUGAUGAAUUGGGCAACGGAGUCGCUGCCGAGUUAAAUAAGCGCAAGCGCAAAGCACCGGAGGAGGAUGUCGGAUCCCCCGUCCGGGACACUGGUGGCACGACUCCGGCUGAGCGCUCCAAGACCUACCUCGCCCAGCAGACUGCCCCGACAUACUCCAUUAAUUCCCUGUUCACCGAUAAGGAGCUCACUGCGCACGCAAACCAGGCGCACGCAGCUGCCCUCCACUUCUUCUCCACCUCCAAGCGCCCCGAGCAAGGCUCCGGUGCUAUCACCAACGGGAACAACACCGAUGUCGAAGAUAUGCCCGACGGAACCCCCGUUGAUGACAACGGUACCCCCAGCGCUGCCGAUAUGGUCCGAACUGCUAGCCACAACUUCCACGUCACCCGAUCGACCCGCACAACCGCUGCUCACAGCGCUCUUAGUGCUCUGGCGGAUCUGGCCGAUAAGCCUGCCACGCGCCCCACUUUGCCUUACCACGUCCUGUCCAACUACUCUGCUCGACCCAACGGCAAUGCGCCCCCGCUGACCUCGCUUUUGACUGAGGAAGUUGAUGAUGAUCUGCUUCGCUUGGACCGUCUCAACACCAAGCCAUCGGGCUGGAUUGACUCUUCUCUUAUCGAAGUGGUUGCUUCUAUGGCUCCCGCUCCGGAUUCAAUCGGUGCCAUUCCGACCAACCCCGACCGCUUUUCUUCUAGCCACCCUGAUUUCCCGACUAGUGUGGGUAUGCAAGUACAGCCUGCACGACCUUGGCUCGGUCCUGAAAUGUUCCAGUCGGUAGGCAUGGAGCGGGAGCGCAGCAGCAAGCGUACCCGCAACCAUUGA